AUGGCGGAUCAGCUGCUGAGCCUGAGAGCGUGGUUUUGGGACAGAAAUUUCUGGUUACCAGAAUAUUCCACUUGGGAGAGCUUAGAGCAAGCGAAAAAACAUAAGUGGGUCCAAAAUGGCGAGCUUUUUCUAUGCUUUCCCUUUGCUGUGGUGUUGAUCGCUCUACGAUUUCUCUUCGAGAGGUUAGUUGAUGGACUACACACUCUUUGAUCGUAUAGUUGUUGUGUUAGAUUUUGGUUCACACCUCGGCUUUAUUUUUGUGUGACGUGUUCUGUCUUUAACCAAGACUUCUGACAAUGAAAAUUCACAUUUCGUUUAGCAGUGUUUAUCAUUGUGAUCCAAUGCGAUUUUGCUUUGAAAACUUAACUUGUCCAAGCAGAUGAGAUAAGCACGAGCGGGACAGUAUUUUCUCCAAGGUAGACUGUGAUCAUUGGAUUUUACAAAUGUAGUGAAAGUAAAUUCGUCCUGAAAAUUUUAAGGAGGUAGCGAUUUAAUAUCGUGAGCAUGAAUUUAUUUCCCUUCAAUUCAUUAAUGUAAGAAUUUGGUAUUUAUUUAUUUACAAAUCCAGUCAAACGUCAACAUUUCAACGUGAAGUAUAGAUGAGGUCGUAGUUCAUCUGAUUUUUCGUUUUAUUCCGGAUGUUACCACCCUCCGUGGUGAAUUUUUCCUCAGCAAAAUUCUAUUGACCCCAACAAACCACGUUUAAAGGCCUCUUCGUCCUAUUGUAUCAAAAUUUAACAUUAACCGCACGUUUCUGACAACCACUGAGACAAAAUGUCAAACCAAAGCUUUAAACUCUAGGUGUGACCUAUACAUGAGAAGCAUGAAAUUGACAUGAUUUCGUUUUGUAUCCAAAAAAUUAAUAACAUUCAUUGCUUUGGAAACACCUGUUCUAUUUCUGUGUAGCUGUACUAAGUGGUCCGUUCUUUGUCCCACAAAAAGCGUAGCCGAUCUGAUUUGCAUGUCAUUUGUCGAGAACUACUCUGGACAUUAACAAUACGUUCUUUUGACAAACAUGUUCAAUCGUUUUCUGGUUGCCAAAAGUAUUUAUUUUCAGCGAUAAGCUAGAAAAACCUUGAAGAGUUCCCUGUUGAGUUCAUUUUUCUUUAUGUUGGAUAUCAUGCAGUGAGAUCUGAUAAAUAGAUAAUUGCUGAGCAAUAACUUCAAAAUCUGAAUCCAUUUCCAGGUUUUUUUUAUUUAUAUUAGUUACAGGUCUUCAUAUAUAUUAAGCCAUUUAUGACAUCUGUCCACCAGUAAGUGUAAAGUAAACAUAUUUUUGUAUAGGUGUCUUCUGAGUAGAUAUUUUAUAUCUUUUUUUGUUGUUAAUGUGGACAGUAAAGCAGCAUAAGUUUGUUGAUGCUGACGCUAUGUUCUCUCAACCAACAUUCAUUACCAUUCAAUGCAUUUUUCUUCUUUUCCAUUGGGAGAUUGCUUCUUUAACUCUAACUCCCAAGAUCUGAUUGUCAAUUCUCCCUUCCAUCUACCACACAUUUCAUCAUAAAUUAGUUAGGAGAAUUUGGUGCUAGAUUGAGAUAACAACUUCUACCUGAUAAGUUUGAGUAUUCUUAUUACCUGUUUGCUGGGUAAUGUAUGGAUAUUACAGGGAGAAGUUACAUUUUAAUCACUUCCAAGGUGUUAAGCUGUCAGAGGGUAAUUCCCAGAAAGGACUAUGGAUAUAAAGCUUGGUAGUUUCUCUUAUUAAUUAUUAUUUUUGAAAAAAAAAAUCAGUUUUCACAAAAGAUUGUGAUUUUAUAGUGGCAAACAUAUUCAUUUGAUAAUUAUUUGCCUAAACCAAACUUCAUCUGGUAAUAGUGAAGGGCUUCUUCAUGAUUUUUUUGCAUUUGUGUAAACAACCCUCUGACUUAAAAAGUUUUGUGUAUAUUUUGGCAAAUACAUGUAGAUAUGUGCUAGCUCUCAGCUGUCCAAAGCUUUUUGCAUUUAUUUACCCUCCAAGCAGAUGUGUUAUUGAUAGUAAUUGAAAUUUCAUUAUUAAGGUGGAGCAGAGCAAACACUCUAAUGGCAAAUGUAGUCUUUCAUGCAUCCUCAUUCUACAUGGUAAUUUUUUUUUUUUUGAGGUAACUUUUGUUAUCAAAUUUUUCUUUGUUUGGCUAGGACUCUACAGGAAAAUCUCCAAACUUAGCAGUAAACUUCACAGGUUUACUGUAAAAUCAAGCAGUUAAUUUUUUUGUUUAAAUUUGGUCGUACUGGUUUGCUUUGUAUGUAUUUAUGGAGUGGCCACUGAAUUUUGACAGCUAUUUCAAAUGUUUCUGUUACCUUCAUGGAUUGGCUAACUGACCUAAAUUUUAUGAAUAAAUUUUUAAAAAAUGAUGUUACAGAAUGCCAGAUCUAGUGGAUCAGUUAACACUUUUUUAUUGGAAAAGAAAAAGAAAUUGCUUCUUUAUACAGGUCAUGGUCUUUAACUUUUAAAGUCCAGAAACUGUGUUGAUUAGAUAUAGGUAUACACUACCCAGGAGGGUAUGCAAGAGAUUAAAGAUAACCCUUAGGUAUACACUACCCAAGAGGGUAUAGGAGAGAUUAAAAAUAACCCUCAGGUAUACACUACCCAAGAGGGUAUGCGAGAGAUUAAAAAAACCCUCAGGUGUAUACUACCCAAGAGGGUCUACAAGAGAUAAAAAAUAACCCUCAGGUAUACAAUACCCAAGAGGGUAUGCAAGAGAUUAAAAAUGACCCUCAGGUAUACACUACCCAGAGGGGUAUAGAAAAGAGUAAAAAUAACCCUCAGGUAUACACUACCCAAGAGGGUAUAGCAGAGAUUAAAAAUAACCCUCAGGUAUACACUACCCAAGAGGGUAUAGAAGAGAUUAAAAAUAACCCUCAGGUAUACACUACCCAAGAGGGUAUAUAAGAGAUUAAAAAUAACCCUCAGGUAUACACUACCCAAGAGGGUAUAGAAGAGAUUAAAAAUAACCCUCAGGUAUACACUAGCAAAGAUGGUUUAGAAGGGAUUAAAAAUAACCCUCAGGUAUAUACUACCCAAGAGGGUAUAGAAGAGAUUAAAAAUAACCCUCAGGUAUACAAUACCCAAGACGGUUUAGAAGGGAUUAAAAAUAACCCUCAGGUAUACACUACCCAAGAGGGUAUAGAAGAGAUUAAAAAUAACCCUCAGGUAUACACUACCCAAAAGGGUAUAGAAGAGAUUAAAAAUAACCCUCAGGUAUACACUACCCAAGAGGGUAUAGAAGAGAUUAAAAAUAACCCUCAGGUAUACAUUACCCAAGAGGGUAAAGAAGAUAUUAAAAAUUAAUCCUCAGGUAGAUACUUCCCAAGAGGGUAUGCAAGAGAUUUAAAUAACCCCUAGGUAUACAUUGCCCAAGAGGGUAUAGGAGAGAUUAUGAAUAACCCCCAGGUAUACACUACCCAAGAGGGUAUGCAAGAGAUUAAAAAUAACCCUCAUGUGACAUGUUACUGCGCUUUUCACAAACAUGCGAAUUUUGAAGUCCAAAAGCCAACUGACGAUUGCGUUUUCGCUGCCGUCAAUCAUCUUAACGGAACUCUUAGGAAACAAAACUUUACUUUCACGGGUUCAAAAGGUCAUGGUUUGUGAUUUGUGGAUUUCAAUCCGUUUCGUGUGUUUCUGUGUUUCAAGGUUCGUUGCUUGUGAUCGUAAUUAUGAUUGAGGGCAGCGAAAAAUGUAAUUGUGAAGGCUUUUGAACUUUUUAGUUCGCAUGUUUGUGAAAAGCGUAGUAAAGAUUGCCACGUGCGUUCACCACGCUUGGUUGAGCAUGAGACGUACGUGUUCAGUAGAGUGUGACUGAAACGUGACUUUAGAAUGACCUUUAAACGUGCAAGAAAAUAUACUUUCCACGUUCUGUUUUAGCUUGCAAUUUCUGUACUGAGAUAAAACUCUUCGUGUGUGCUUCCUUUCGAGUUUUUUCCCUAAACUUUGAAGGGGACAAAUUGUCCCCUUGACCGUUUUUUAAGGGACAAUUUCAAUUGCAAUGCGGGAUUGGCGCAAUGGCGCGGCCUGGCUCAAACCCUGUGCAUAGACACCUACCGACCGCAAACAUUGAUGUAAUUCUCUACACUGAUGACAGAAAUAUAGAGCCUCCGUAGAAUGCAUGCUGUGAAUUUUUUUCAGAGCCAAAGCUCCUCAUGUUAAGUUCAAGUGGCAGGUUUUGCAACCUCAUUUUCUCCAGUGAGAUCGGUAGGAUGGACACUUAACAUUCCCAUUCUUCAAUAAUGAGGGCAAAUGAGUUCUGAGUCCAAGAAAAUACUUGGGGGUAAUUUAUGAUGGCUUGAUGUGUGGGUAGAGUGACUUAUCCUGCCAAAUAUAAUUAUUCUUGCUCCUGCUCCUUAUGGUUUUAUCUUUGCCAAAAACACACCACACCAAUAAUAUUAUUGAUAGAUAAAAAUGUUUUUUGUUUUGUCAUGAGCAUGAGAUAAAGAAAAAAGUUGGAGUCCCCAUGAAGGUCUGAGGUUCAAAAGUUACCAUCUUUCAUAUUCUAUUUAUAAACAUAAUGCUAAGGACAUUGCUGAUCCCAGCGGUUUGCAGAAUACAUGUCACAUAUGAACUUCAUGUUGGGCCUUGCUUGCCGUAGAGUCUCUGUGGCACAAUGGUAGGGCAUUGGAGCACGGAAUCUGAAGGUGUGAGGUUCAAUUCCUUAUGGUGACUUAGAAUUUUUUCUUUGUCCAAUGCUCAUGACAAGACCAAGAAUAUAUUUUUCCUUUUGCUUACCAAGCUCAAAACUUACCAUCUUUCUUAUUCUGUUUGUACUAUUAUUGAUCCCCAUUUUCGAAAAAUAUCUGAUAUUUUUGCUCCGGCUUUUCAUUAUAUGCUAUGACCAGAUUAUUUAUUGGAUGAGUUGCAUUGAGAGAGCCAAAACAAGAGGGGAAUUGAUGUUACAGACACACAAAAUUGAAUUUUUGGAGGUGUGAACCCAGCUUAUUUUAUAUGGUGCACAAGAUUAAGUACUCUUAGAAAUUAGCUCUUGGUCUGCAUACUAAAUUAGUUAGGCUCACACAUAAAAAUUCUUUGUCUUCACUUUCAUCAGAUGGUUGGUUCAUUUAUCCAAUGAACAAACAUUACUUUAUUUAAACCAGCUCCUGUUUUCUCUUUAUCUGAUUUCCUUAUAACAAGGUUUCCUUCUCUGCUCUUUAGAUUCAUUGCAACACCUUUGGCAGGCUACCUUGGUGUAACAGAGGAACCUAUAGUUUUUGUAGAAAAUACAUUUUGUGAGAAGGUUUACCAAACAAUCAGCAAAUGCCCCAACGCUGAACGAGUAGAGGGACUGUCAAAACAACUUGGCUGGACUCCACGUGAAGUGAAAAGAUGGUUCAAAAAUCGCCGACAGCAAUCAAAACCAUCCAUUAUGAGGAAGGCUACUGAAAGCAGGUGCGUAAUAUUUUGAUCUCUGUCAUUUUAUUUCUUAAUUGUGCCAUGAGUCUGGGAACUGUUGUUUUGGACCAAAAUAAACUUUAAAUCAAAGAAUUCAUGGCUGAGACAGGACUUGAAGUUGUGAUCUCUAUGAAUCUGCAGGAUGUAGACAGCAAAACUAUACAGGUUCUCUUAGAGUUUUAGAAUAGUGGUUUAAAAUCUUAAAGCUACAAAAUCUAGUUACUAUGGUAGCCUGACAGUUAGUGCUCUGAACUUGAGGUGUCUAAGCUCAAGACCUGAUAGAGCUAUUGUGUUGUGUUCCUUGGCUUGAUGCUUGAUUCACACAGUGUCUCUUUCCACCUAGGGCUGAGUUGUUCAAAGCUUGGCUAGGAUAACCCAGGAUUAGUGUGAAAUCUGAUUUCAGAUCUGAAAGCUUGAAAAAAAUUCAGUAUAAUUCUCUUUGUCUACAAUUUAAUGAUUGGAUGCCUUAAAAAGAAUACAGAAAAUUUUCUGACAGAUGGCUUUUCAGCAAAAGAAUAACCAAACCUUGAUUAAAAUUAACCUCUGGGUUAGUUCUAUUCCAGGACUAUCAGUGGGGACUGGCAGACUGUCAAAUGUAUUCUUGUUUUAGGCAGCACACUCUUUUAUCUUUUCAUUUAUUUUGUAGUUGGAGAUUUUUGUUCUAUUUGGCGACAUCCAUUUAUGGAAUAGUUAUAUUAUACAAGGUAAUUUUAUUUUAACAUAUGGUUUUUCAACAUAUUUGAGCAACUCAUUCUCUAAUAGAAGCUUAAUUUUUUUUUUAAAAAAAUAAGCAUUUCAAGAUUUUUCAGUGGUGACCUGGAUGAUAUUUUAAGAAAAAAAAACCGAAGAUAAUUAGGUUGUGGCAAAAAUAAAAAGUUUUGAGAUGUUCAAAUUUUCAGGAACCUUGGCUUUGGGAUCUGCGACUCUGUUUUGUUGGUUUUGGAGAACAGGUUAGACAUUUUAUGUAUUGUACAAAAGAACUGUAAAGUAAGAUUGGAAAUAUUUGGGAAAAUGGGUGAUUAAAUGAAGGGAACAUUAUCACUUCUUUGUCCCAUAGCAAAUGAAAUAUUUUUGAAAAUCUCUGUCAACACAACUCGUAACUAGAACAUAAUUAGUAUAGUAGUACAUGUGUUGCAGUUAACAAAUUAAUUGUUGGUCUCAAUGAGUUUCAACUAGUUUUUUCUGUAUUAUCAUAUUCUCCAGAUGCGUUACUUUAGUAACGCAAAACUACUUGAAAAUCAUUCACUCAUUCAUUCAUUCGUAAGUUUGAGAUAGUUAUUAACCAUGUAGAUUCAUCCAUGUUGUCUCCAACUGACUCCUGGUUUCUCUCUUUUUUUUCCAGCCUCUUACAGAUGCAAUAUUUUUGUAUUAUGUGGUUGAAAUAGCCUUCUACAUGUCCCUUCUCAUUUCUUUUUUUGUGGAUGUCAAAAGAAAGGUUUGUAACUUUUAUGUUUUCUGAUCACAAAUUUAUCAUUAAUCUUACUAUUAGAAGUUAACAGCACCGCAUUUUUAUCUUAAUUUGUCUUUCCAAGAAUGAAGUAUUUUUUGAUAUGCUGGUGGCCUAAGGAAGCAGUGGUUCAUUCAUUAUGACUUUUGUUUCUUGUUGUUGUUCAUUUCCUUCUAAAUUAAGGCUGAAACUAGAAAAAAUUAAACGCAAAACAAUGUGCUUUGUGACAGAGAUACAAGAAAACUGUUCCCUUUUGAGUGGAAGGAAAGUCGUCAAAGAAGCUUUUGAUAUUUUGUUGCAUAAUUACAUGCAACCUGUGCCAUGAACACAUGUUGUUGAUAACAUGUCAUCAGCAAAGCACGCACAAGUGUACAAGGCUAGCGAUUGCUUAAUUCCGCUAACUCCAAAAUCUUCAAACUACAAAUCAGUUUAUAAUGUGGAUUCCAUUAGCCAUAAAUGGAGAUGAAAAUUGAUUCCAUCAUCAAAGUAUGAAGUUGUAACUUGCACACAAAAAAGAGGGCAGCUCUGAAGUUGGUACUGAUCAAAGUGGUAUUCUGAAAGUUAUCAUUCUUAAUUUUUAACUUUCUGUUAUAGGAGCACAUGGGAGGAACUCGUUUGCUGAUAGAUUGAGUAACUUAUGAUAAGAUUUAAUUAAGAAAUCUAAGUUGCCCAAAAAAGUUUUUCUAAUUGAUUGAUUACUUUUUUAAAUACCAGGUGAAGGAAACUUAAUUUAGUGAAUAGAUAAGUUUAAGGGUAAUUAGAUGAAGAUCAGGGAGUCGUUAUUUCUGUUCCCUGAUGCAAUGUCUCCAUAUUCAAAAUGAUUAGAAAAAUGCCUAAGUUUUGUUUAAAAUCAAACCAAAAUUUUCUGUUUUCAGGAUUUUUGGCAAAUGGCUAUCCACCAUGUAGUUACAAUCAUGUUGACAGUAUUUUCAUACUCAAGUGGUUUCUUUCGUAUUGGUAGCGUGAUAAUGUUUUUGCAUGACUUGGCUGAUAUUUUUCUGGAGGUGAGUCUUCAUGCUGAAUAAGGAGAGAGAGGAAUAUUAUUAAAAACCAUUUUUUCACUUUUUUUAGCAUUUCAACUAAAAACUUACUGACAUUUUCUUUUCGAGUUUUGUGGAGUAUGGUAAUCCUUUGACCCCAAAGAGUGACGAGCAUCUAAUAUUUUCCUCACAAUAUCAUCCUUGAAUCACGUUAAGGUCACAAGAAUAAAGGAAAUGAUCACCAACUAAAGAAGCUCUUGAUUGUUCAACAAAUUCUCCUUGACAGUGCCAUAGGAAAUGUAUGGAGAACAGUAUGGAGAAUAUGCAUGCUGAUGUUAGGGUGUAAAGGGAUGAACAAGCCAUAUAUAACUUUUAUCUCUAUCACUGAAAUGCAAAUUUGCAUUUGUAAAACUUUCUGCAAUUUGAGAACCCAAGGAAAUUUUUAAAAAUUGCCUCCAAAUGUGCUGUAAAUUCAAUUUUGAGGGUACUUACAUUGAAACAACGUAGCACACUAGUCAAACUUGCCAAAUGGCAGAACAAAUUGAAGCAAGAAAAGUGCACAAAUGACUGCUCUUACUAACAAUUACUGCAGAAAAUCUUUGUUGUUAUUAAUAAAUAUCAUUAUUAAUGAACAAUUAUCAGAUAAGGGUUUUGUGAUAUCCAGAAUAAUCAAGGUUGAGGCAGGGGUUAUCAGCUGAAGUGGAAGGCUGAGGCUGAUAACCCUUACCAAGGCCUUGAUUAUUCUGGAUAUCACAAAAACUAAAUCUUAUGAUUGUUUUGUUAUACAUUGAGUGAAAAAAAAAAAUGGUCAUGACAGUAAGAAGAACAGGUAAUUAAUUUCUAAAUGUGUAAAAAUAUACAAAUCAGUUAGCAACACAAUGCACAUGACCUCAACAUGAUUACCCCUAGAAAUCAUGCAUCCUGGUCAUACAUGAUAUAACUACCCGUGACCUUAAGUGCCCUCGAUGUGAUUAUUAUAUAAUCUGCAGCUAGAUGACGUCGUAGGCGCUGAUUUUGACAAUUCACUGUAGACUUUUGGCCAAUCAGAAAAGAGAUCUUGAGUUGAAUGUAAAAUAAUGAUCAUUAUCUGGAGCAUAUCUCUCCUUUAACCCUUCAACUCCUAGAAGUGAUUAACAUGUAACCACUCCCUAUAAUAUCUGUGAAUUAUCUGGCAAACAGGUAAUGAGAAUACUCAAAUGUAUCAGGUAGAAAUUGAUAUCUUGAUCCAACACAAAAUUCUCCUUACUAAUUUGCAAAGAAAUCUGCAGCAGCUAGAGGUGAGAACUUACAAUCAGAUCUUGGGGGUUCAAGGGUUAUUGGUUUUUGAUAUCAGCAGGCAAGUCAAGAAUUUAAAGAAAAUGACAACACUUUUGAGUUUGUAAGACUCUGUCAAAACAUGUCUUUCAAACUCAAAAGUGUUGUCGUUUUCUUUAAGUUAUUGGUUUUGUUUGGAAAUAUUUUAUUCCAUGACUGCUAAUUCUGUUUUUUUUGUUUUUGUUUUUGUUGCAGUCAGCAAAAGUAUUUAAUUACGCCAAGUGGGAAGCUACAACUAACUUAAUAUUUGUGUUAUUUGCUGUGAUAUUCAAUGUUACAAGGCUGGUUUAUUAUCCAUUCUGGUAAGUUUGCUGUCCCCUUACAAUUGUAAUGGUGGAGAGGUGACAGGAAAAGACAAACUUAUCAGGCAAAGGGUGUUUAUUAUUAGACUAAAAAAUAGGUAAAGGUAAUGUAUUGCUGCAAAGGGGAGAAUUGUUCAGGAGUUGAAGGAUCCCAACAUUGAGAGACCACAUUAACCCACAAUGACGGCCUGUGCAUUUGACUAAAUUAAUUGCUGAAUGAUUUUCAUGACUCACUGAUUGAUUGACAAACCAUCUGACUGACUAAACAAACUAGGGACUUGCCAAAUGACUGACAGACAGCGUAGGUAUUUGAUUUAAAAAUUGACCCCAACAUUUUACAACACAAAUGUAUUUCUUUACUUAAACAGGGUUUUGCAUGUUGUAUACCACUGUCAAGAGUAUGUGGGUCCUUUUAAAGCAUGGUCAUGGUUCUUUGGUUUGUUGUCAUGUCUGCAGGUACUGCUAAAUCCAUUAUUUACAUGCCCCAAGUGAGAAGUUUGACAGCUAAACUUGUGACCUGGCCCAGGGUUUGAGCAAUGUGAACUCCAAUUUGUGCUUUUAAAAUUAAUUGAACCAUGCUAUGUAUGAGUUUUGCCAAAUGGUGAAGCAAGCAAAGAAAGUUACUUGUUUAGUUCAACAAUCUGCUUGCCCCAGAUAACCAAAAGGUUGGCAGGAUGGUUUCAGCUCUUUUAAGCCAGCAGGAUAAUUUAGUAUAUUAUGUAUUCUGUAUAAAUUUUGAGAAAAUGCUGUGUGAAAAUGAGCAAGAGUUACCUACUUAAACCUUCCAUGAGAUCUCAAUAUGUGAUACAUGCGACAACCCUUCAAAUUGUUGUCACUCUAAAAGUUCUUUUGUCUUUUUUAUUUUGAUCACUAUGUUCAGGUUCUUCAUGUUAUUUGGUCAUAUAAGGUUGCUGAGGUGGCCAUGCAGUUUUUGGUUAAGGGAACGGUGAGUAAUAGAUCUUUUUGUGCUAAGUCAGGGUGGAGGGGGGUGGGGUUGAUGUCAAUGAAGAUCAUUACUUCCAAGGGAAUUGAGGAUGGGCCAAACUGAAUCAGGCCAAAGGGAGAGAGGGAUAGGCCCAAAAAUAUUCUAGUUGCCUCUGGUGAGGCCGAUUGAAGGAGAAUACCAUUCAAAUUUUUGUGGUUGUGGUUGUGGUUCUUGAUUGUGGAUGCCCUAUUAGUUUUCUUUUUGUUAUUGAUUCAAAUUUGUAGGCAUAAGAAAUAGGGAUGUGGCAUGACAACGUAUGUUUGCCUUAUAGAAGGCCUCUUGCAGUGUACAAGUCAGUAAAGUUUUCCUUUCUUUCCUUAUUCUUGCUUUCUUAAUUUUGUUAGGUGGAAAAAGACACACGUAGUGAUGAUGAACUGUCAGGUCCAGAGGAUGAGAGGCCUGACGCAAACCAUACAGAUGGCAAUAUGGUGGACAACAAAAAGAAGCAUUGA